GAAAAAUCAUGUCACGUGUGGGUUUCCGUACCAACAACAGAUACAUGUGUAUUAUUUACAAACAGAUUUUCUACUUUCAGCGGGGUGCAUCUAACAGAGACGAUCGUAGAUCUAACUACCUACAAAACAAAGAGACACCAGUACAAUGGGUAAACUACGCUCGUUUUACGUGGAACUGCUGGAUCCACAACAGGUGUAUUUUGCAGGACAAACCAUUAAUGGCAGACUGGUGGUAGAAUUGGAUGCCGAGAUGAAAAUGAGAGAAAUAAGAUUGAAAUUUAAGGGAUUGGCUUAUGUUCAUUGGACCGAGCAGCACAGCACCGGAAGCGGGAAGAACCGACGAACCACAACGAGGCAUUAUAGCGCCACUGAAAACUACUUCGAUCAAACUGUACCCGUCUAUGGAAGAGGUCUGGGAAUGGGCGACGAUAAUCGGCUACCCCCGGGACAGCAUGUGUACCCCUUCACCUUCACACUUCCUCCCAAUCUGCCCUCGUCCUUUGAAGGAGGCACAGGAUACGUCAGGUACACAAUCAAGGGGACCAUUGACAAGCCAUGGAAGUUUGACCACAACACCAAAAGGCCUUUUACUGUCAUCGCUUUACUGGACUUGAAUACUCAACCUAAUGCUGCAUGUGGGACCCAAAACCAGCAGAACAAGUUCUUAUGCUGUUUGUGCUGUAAGUCCGGACCGAUUACCGGUACACUCAGUCUGAACAGAUGCGGGUACGUCCCCGGGGAGGCGAUCCACUUCAACGCGGAAAUCCAAAACAUGACCAGCCGAGUGUGCGGUUGCCAUGUCAAACUUACUAUGACCACCAUAUUCCAUGCCACCACGAAAUCCAAGUCAACCACUACUGAGGUGGCUAGGGUGGUGCAUCAAGAUGUCCAGCCCGGGGAGACAGAAACAUGGACCGGUGACCGGCUUAUGAUCCCUCCCCUACCCCCCUCAUUCCUGGUGGGGUGUAGGAUUAUAGACAUCAACUAUUACUUAGAGCUGAUCGUUGAUCCCUCUGGGCCUGCCAUAGACCUUCAUGUGCCUUUACUUAUUAUCAUUGGAACAAUACCCUUGCGUUCAGUUGUCCAGCAGUACCAGACACAAUUUGGAAUGACCUCUCAGCCUUCAGCGUUACCUCCCCCUGGUCCGGCCCCGUCAGCUCCCUCUGCACCGCCAAUGGCCGCAGCCAUGCCUGACAUGUCCAACUUACCGCCCCCUAGCUACAGUGAGUGUGUGUUCGGUAAAACGAACAUCCGGGAGGAAGACGACUCCGAACACACGCGGGGAGAAAUGGACUACGCCCCGGCCUACACCUAUUAUGAUUGGUCCAAACAAUCUCAGUUCCAGUAGCUGACCAGUGACACCUCCUUCCAAUCAAUCAACAGCAACAUAAAUGACACUAUGGGAGUUGGCGAUGGGUUUAUCUGAUCUCCAUGUCAUGCCGGCUUUAUCCUAUUUGUUUUAGGUUACCCAGUUCACCAACAUCAAUUGAACUAACUUGACUGAUGAGUUUUGUUUUAUCUUGGAGAUACUGUGGAAACAUCUUUGUCCAUGGUGGCUAAAUGUAGAUUCCAUGUUUAGUUGUUUACCGAUAUUAAUAGUUCACUCAGAUACAUUUCUAUCUAUAUAAUAAAAACGUUAACUUUGUAUCUACAGGUCCUAGAGUUACCGUCACCGAAAAUAACCCCCUCCUCUCGUGUCAGUGAUUUUUUUAAAACUGCUUAUAAAAGAUGGCUCCAACAAAUGAAAACAAUGAAAUGUUUUCAUAGUAACCGAUAUAAUACCAUAUGUGUUCUUAUUUUUGAGAAUAUAUAAGUUCUAUAUACUGCUUGAUACAUGUACAUGUAUUUUUGGAAAUAUCAAAUCUUAAAGUUACGACGUUUUAAAGAGCUAUAUAUAAUAUUUAAAAAAUUGAAUUGAAUUACGUUGAAGAUAAGAAAGGGAUUAGACAAUUGAUUUAAUAAUUAAAUUCUCCUUAUUUCAUACGGUUAAAAUUUAGGUAUUGCAGAAAGUAUUUGCAACCGACGUGCAUUCAAUCAAUAUUAACUUUUUGGAAAGGUCUUUCCACCUUUCCUUACCGACCCCCCCCCCCCCCCCCCAUCGGACGUCGAAGAAUUAUUUUUUGUGCAACAUCAUGCCAUCAGACGUGUGUGUAUAAGAUGCACCAGUCAUCAGUCAUUUAUAAUAUACAGUGUAUGAUGGUUUAUGCAUCUCUUUGCCUUAGGACAAGCAGGACAAAUACUAGUAAUCAAUUUACACGAAUAAGUUUUAAAAUACAACGUCAUCAUUUUGUUGAAAGUCUCAGCUUCGUGAAGCACAACCUCUUCCCUUCUAAUGUUACCUAUGCCACCUUUACUUGUUAAACCUUGCUCUCUCUACUCAUCUGAAAUAAUAAAUUCUAUUUUAUCAUAGAAACAUAAGGUCUUCAUGGGAAUUCAGAAUAUCAAUGACAAUUUCAAAGGGAUGUGACAACAAAUUUUUUGUUUUACUAAUUUAAGAGGGCUGGAUGGCUGUGGCCGUUUUUUAGACUUUAUAAAUCUCCUGAAAAAGAAGAGCUCUAUAUAAAGAUAUAGGAAAACAUUCUAACUCAACUUUAGUUAAAAUGGUCUUUCCUCAAUAAUUGUUUAUAGCUUAACAAAUCAUUUGUAAAAAAAAGAAAAGAAAAAAAGUUAAGGUACAUCCGAUGGUUAACUGUGUUGACCCCCCCCCCCCCCCCCCCCCCCGGCCUCCUUAAAAGUUAUCAAGCUAUUGGUUAAAAAAAUUAACACGUUUGUAAAGCUGAUUAAAAAAGAAUGCGUAAUUUUUAUACUAAGAAUAUAAUGGAUAGAAUGCAAUGGCGUAUUGAUUGCUUUAACAUACUAUAUACAUGUACUUGUUUGGAGCUAGUAAGUUUAAAUACAUGUUUCAAAUAUAUAUAUGUAAUAUUUAUUAUGAAAUAAAUAUCUGGUAGUCAAUAAUGUAUGAAUAAUUACAGAUCGUUCAUGGCUGUGCCAUUUCUAACGUAUAAUAUUAUGUUUUUUGUUUGUCGAUAACGUGUAAUAUUUGCAUCAGUGAAUCUGUGUUUAAAAAGAGUUUACAAUUAUAGUUCAAUCAGUUUAAAUUUGAUGGCUACGGUUUGAGCUGAAAAAUUUCAAAUUGUUUACAUACUAGUAACAAAGAUUCUUGUAUGUUACUAACUAGCUCGAAAACUGACUCUCAUGUUCUGGUUGGCUAAUAUUUUAAAAAUUAUAACUCUUAACUAUUAAACACGGCCAUGAAAAAAUAAUGAGAAAUGUCAGCUCAAAUCGUUAAAUGCACCAUUCAAUGACUAAAGAAUUGUUGCAAUCAGUAUACCAGUAUAUGGAAGUGUAUGUAUUAAUAAUAAAUCUUGUUCUAAUCACAUCAA